CAGUUCCUAGAGACAUUGGUUAAGAGCCCAAACUGUGAAGUGCAGGAACAUAGACAACAGCCUGGAAUACUGACAUGGGCUGGUUUGGAUAUAUCAUUCUGUGCCUUCUAUGGACAUGUACUUUCCAACAAGUCAAAGUAAGCCAGCAGGCACAAGUUGCUUAUGAUGACCUGAGGAACCUACUGACUGAUCCAGAGAUCCCAAGAAAUUGUGGUCCUCCACCUGCUAUUGAAAAUGCAAUGCUCUUCACCAGCUCAAGGCAAGAAUACUCAACAGGGGCAUCCGUGAUGUAUCAGUGCUACAGGCUGUUUGUAAUGGAAGGCACGCCACUUGCAAAGUGUUUAAACGGUCAUUGGAGAGGUGUGCCCAGAUGUGUUGAAACCUGUAGAGCAAAUGAAGCUGACAUGGAGCGUAACAAUAUACAGCUGAGAUGGAUCACUAAAUCAACAUCCAUUACAGCAUCAGAUUACUGGAUGGAGUUUGAGUGUAAAGUGGGAUAUCACAAGGAUCCGUUGUCAUCACCUUUUAGAAAACAAUGUCUAAAGGGAAGAUGGAUAUAUCCAAGAUGUAUAUAAAGAAAAAUGAGCACUUCUGCUCAUUUUGGGUUGCCCCAGAAGCCUGAAGUCAUCAUUGCACAAGCGGUGGGGGCCGCUCGCACAACGGAUUUGGUGCAGUGCAAGGGAAUCGGCGGGAGCAUAGGAACCGCUUUGGAUUCUGCCCUAAGUAUUCUACAGUUGUACUAAGUACUUUAAGUGAUUUAAGAGGUGAUUUCCCUCUUGUCAAAUGCUAAUUUACAUUAACAUUUUAGAAUAGGAUUACUCGUUUGUUAGUGAGGUGUAUAACGUUCCAUAUCUUCAGAACAUUAUCUGACAAUUUCUGCCCAUUCUUAUAAUAUUUGCAUUCAGUAUAUAUUAUUUUGGUUCAAAAUCUGUUACCCCAAAUGGCUGAAAAGAUCUUAAAGUCACAAUUCCACAGGAAGAAAGGCUUGUUCGAGCCUGGUACAGACAUGACUUUGUGCUCCUUUGAGAUUAAGAUAAUCCAAUCCUCAUUCUAAAAAGGAUUCACCUGCAAAGCAUAUACCAACCUCAGAAAAGGUAUUUUCCUCAGGACCACACACCAUAUAAGACACGGUUAAUUUCCCCCUCCUUUCCUGUUCUGAUUCCAUUAAUUAUUAGCCACACUCUAGCUGAUGAAAUUUGCAUUUACAAAGCAUGUUAGAUGAAUGACACAUUUAGCUUCACCUGUAGCUUGUUCCUGAUAACAAAUAAUCUGCCCAGGGCCUGAGGUGUGUGAGACAUUCAAAGGGACUCAAUUGUCCUUGUGCAAAUAAUUAUAUAAAAUAAAAAUAUGUGAUUCCAAUAUUUUAGUACCUGCCUGCUACUGUUUAUUUUCUGUUCCUAUACUAGGUAAAAUCCCACCCAC